AUGGCAACACCUGAGGAGAUAGCAUGUGUAGGUAAGAGGGUAAAUACAUUGGAAGAGUUAGAGGCUGCUGUGAGAAAGCACGCAGAGAGUAGAAUAAAGAGAAAACACACAUAUGAUCCAAUAUGUAGCGAAUGUGGAAGUAAGUCUAUUGUAAUGAUAGAUGGAGCAGAUACAUGCACACAGUGUGGUGCCAGUGGUAUGAAUAACUUCUCAUACUACGUCAGUUACAACUACAACAAGGACGACUAUCUGAAAAAGAAGUCUUGUCACAAUAGAGUCCAUUGGUUUGAGAGACACUUAUUCGAACAUGUUGCUUCUAGGGAUAGGGAUAUUAUAAGGGAGCAGUUUAGAAGCAUAGUAAGAUGUAUACAAAGACUUACGCCUGUAUUCAAAAAGCUCACUCACACUCACACUCAAUGAGUGGACACUCAUUCUUAAUGAGUGCAACUCACCACUCAAUAAGUGUCCACUCACACUCACAUAGUAUAAUGUGACACUCACACUCCGACUAUUGAAAGACACCACUCACACUCAAGUGAAGCUCCGAUUUUGAGUAAAGUGUGAGUGAGAGGUAGACGUCCCUUGAGCCGCACUCAGUUAGACUCACCUUGUACUUAGCGAUUCAAAUAUGGCGGAAAGGUGGUUAAGAAGAUUAGAAUUACUGGACAAUGUCGCAAGAAACAACAGAGACAGGAGGAGACCAUAUAUUUUUUAUUAUGGGAAAUAUGACGAGGAGCAGUUUUGAUGCAGAUACCGGGUAACUAAGGCUGGAUUUCGAGAGUUACUGGAUAUAAUUAGACCAGAAAUAUCUGCACACAACGAGCGAGGAAACUGAGGAAAGCCCAUUAGGUCAGAUAUACAACUUUUGUUGACGCUAAGGUUGUACGCCACGGGUACAUUCCAUGUAGCAUGCGGAGAUUUGUGUGAGAUUUCGCAGCCAUCAGCAAAUCGAAUUAUAAAGCGAGUAUCCGAGGCAAUCGCACCGCGCUUAAGGAACAAUUACAUAACAUUUCCUGAAGGCGAUAUUUUGGAUCAACUCAAACUUGAUUUCUGGCGAAUUCAAGCUGUUUGCGGGCCAAAUUUACAUAUUUUAAACAUUGUUGCACGUUGGCCAGGUAGCAUACAUGACGCCAGAAUAUUCGACAAUAGUCGCAUAUAGUGCACAGUUUGAACGUGGUGAUAUCCAGAGUAUAUUACUUGGUGAUAACGGUUAUCCAUGCCGUCAACAUCUAAUGACACCAGCAAUUGAUCGCAAACCCAACCGCAAACUACCGCAACGCAGAUAUAACUGA